AUGUAUGUAACAAGAAUAGGAAUCAAGAUUUUCGAGAAACAGCAUAGCCCUGUGUUAUUCUUACAACGACUCCAAAAGGUACACAACUCAAAUUGUAAAGUAUAUCCACACUAUCACCGAUUAGAAAGAUGUUGCUCAACUGUUGCAAGUGGAGUUCGGAUCCAAAGCCAGACACCACAAGAAGGAGAAAAAGAAAGAAGAGAACCUUCCACUUCCUUCUCAGCUCCAUUUCCUACUUCAACGGCUUUUUCCACCAAAAUGAGCCCGUCACCCGUUUGGUGCGAUGGAACUCUUCUUCACGCCGUUCAAUUAUCCGGUCUUUUCCCGGAUUGUAAGACCUUUGUGGAUAUGCCAUUGAAGCAUGAUGCAGACGUCACACUUGCCAGAUGGAAUGCCCUUAUGGCUCUUGCUCCUAUCACCAAUGACGUGUUAGCCCUUUUCCUUCGGGAAAACUUUGAUGAGCCAGAAGGAGAACUAGAAGAAUGUGCCCCGACUGAUUGGGCGCCUAUGACUGAUCAAUUUGGUGGCAUUAUAGAUGAAGAUUAUCGAAGAUUCGCAGCAGCGCUGCAUGCCAAAUGGCCAACGUUAUAUAGAAAAAUUUCCAAAAAAGUCCGCGUUAAUCCAGAAAAAUACUCAAUUAUUCCGGUUCCCAAUCCAUUUGUUGUGCCUGGCGGAAGAUUCCGUGAAAUGUACUACUGGGAUUCGUUCUUUACAAUCAAAGGUCUCAUCGCAUCUGGAAUGCUUACAACAGUCAAGGGAAUGAUUGAGAAUAUGAUCUACUUAGUUGAAACAUAUGGUUUCAUUCCAAAUGGUACACGUGUAUAUUACUUGAACCGAUCACAGCCACCACUAUUAACUUGGUGUGUCAAAGCAUAUUAUGAAGCUACUGGUGACAAACAAUUUCUGUCAGAUGUACUGCCAACACUUAGAAAAGAGUUCUCAUUCUUCCAAACUCACAAAACAUAUAAUCAUCCUGAUUGGAACACUCCUUUGUAUAGAUUCGUAGUUGAAACAUCACAUCCACGUCCGGAAUCUUAUCGAGAAGAUUUGGAAAGCGCCGAGCAUUUGGAUACUCUUGAGAAGAAAUGUGUACUUUGGGGAGAUUUGGCCGCAGCAGCUGAAAGUGGUCGUGACUUCUCAUCUCGUUUCUUUGCUGUUCAUGGUCCAUAUGCUGGUCAACUGGCAAGCACACGGACAUCUCAAUUGAUUCCUGUAGACUUGAAUUCAAUCAUUUGUGGAAAUAUGAAAACAUUGAGUGAGAUGUAUACGGUGUGUGGAGAUUUGGAAAGUGCAAAAUACUUUGAUAAUGAGUAUCGAACGCUCAGAGAUACUAUUCGACAGGUUUUGUGGAAUGAAGAGCAUAAUUGUUGGUUUGACUUUGAUGUUGAAGAGGGAAAUCAUGCCACAAGCUUCCACGACACUAACUUCUUCCCAAUGUACUGUGACAGCUAUCAUGAAGAUCUCGACUCACAAGUGGUAGUUGACUAUUUGACAACAUCUGGAGCCAUCAGCUUCCCCGGAGGUAUUCCUGUAUCCCUAGUGAAUUCUGGAGAACAAUGGGAUUUUCCGAACAGUUGGCCACCAACUACUUGGGUUCUUCUUGAAGGAUUACGAAAAGUUGGUCAAGAAGAAUUAGCAUUGAGCUUGGUGGAGAAAUGGGUACAGAAGAACUUCAAUAUGUGGAGAACAAGUGGAGGAAGAAUGUUCGAAAAGUACAACGUAGUCUCACCAUGCUUCAAAGUGAAAGGAGGUGGUGAAUACGUGAUGCAAGAAGGAUUCGGUUGGACAAACGGCGUCAUUCUAGACUUUCUCAAGAACUACGGAUCCAAAAUCCGGUGGCAAGUUGCAGAAUCCUGUGAAUGCUGUGAUGUCACAUUAUCACGUACUCUUAUCAAACCAACAUCUCCUGCUCCAUCAUCAUCUUCAACUGCUCGCCUCUUUGCUAGUGAACUCACACAGACACCUUCCGUCGUGUCACUUCAAUCAAUGUUGUCCGAUGGAUCAGUUCAGAAUUAGAUCAAAUCCUUCGAAAUAGAAUUGAAAAAUAUAUAUGUUUGUCUCCCUUUGUCUCUUCAUGCGGUUCACACUUUCUUGCGUUAUUUAUUGAAUAUAAAAUUACAGAUUAAUAAAUUUAUUUUAUGAAAU